AUGGGCAUUACACACUUUCUUGCAAUACCUUUCCCAAUCCUAGGGCACAUCAAUCCCCUUUUGCAGUUCUCCCAGGUUUUGGUCACAUAUGGCUGCAAAAUCACCUUCUUGAGUUCAGAUGAGAACUACCACAAAUUGAAGAGUGCAUGUGCUGAUGCUGGCCAUGCCAAGGUGAUUGACUCAAACAUAAGGUUGGUGUCUCUCCCUGAUGGUGUGGACCCUGAAGAUGACAGAAAAGACCAGGCCAGAGUUAUUUCCACCACCAUUAACACCAUGCGUGUUAAGCUUCCCAAGCUCAUACAAGAUGUAAACGCUUUGGACAGUGAGAACAAAAUUUCUUGCAUUCUUGUCACCAAAAAUAUGGGAUGGGCCUUGGAAGUUGGCCGCCAGUUGGGAAUCAAAGGGGCUCUAUUCUGGCCAGCCUCAGCCACUUCUUUAGCAUCCUUUAACUCCAUUCAGAGGCUUAUUGACGAAGGAACCAUAGACUCCAAAACUGGACUCCCUACCAAAAAGCAGGAAAUACAGCUUUCCUCAAAUUUGCCUUUGAUGGAGGCAGCAGCCAUGCCAUGGUACUGCUUGUUUAAUUCCUUCUUCUUUCUUCACAUGAAGGAAGAGAUGCAAAAUUUGAAUUUAGCAGAAAGGUGGCUUUGUAACACUACUUUUGAUCUUGAAACUGGAGCUUUUUCUACAUCACCAAAGCUCCUACCAGUUGGCCCUUUAAUGGCAAAUGAUCACAGUGUAUUAUGUUCAUUGUGGGAAGAAGACAGAACCUGCCUACAAUGGUUGGAUCUGCAGCCACCUCAAUCUGUCAUAUAUGUUUCAUUUGGCAGUAUGGUGUCCCUGAAACCAAACCAAUUCAAUGAAUUAGCUCUUGGACUUGACCUCCUUAAGAGGCCUUUUCUUUGGGUUGUUCGUGAAGACAAUGGUUUCGGCUUGAACAAUGCAUAUGAAUUCCAGGGAAGUCUAGGUAAAGUUGUUGGUUGGGCACCACAAAAGAAGGUUUUGAGUCACCCUGCCAUAGCAUGUUUCAUUAGUCACUGUGGUUGGAAUUCAACCAUAGAAGGUAUCUGUAACGGGGUGCCCUUCUUGUGUUGGCCAUUCUGCAGUGAUCAACUUAUGAACAAGACAUAUAUUUGUGAUGUGUGGAAGGUUGGACUUGGAUUUGACAGGGAUGAAAAAGGAUUGAUAUUAAAGGAAGAGAUAAAAAAGAAGGUGGAACAACUACUUGGGGACGAGGAAAUAAUAGAAAGAUCUUCCAAAUUGAUGGAAAUAAUCAUCAAGAACAAAGCACAAGGUGACCAGAACCUUAACAUGUUUAUCAGUUGGGCCAAGGACUAA